CAAUAUUUCACAAAAAUCAACCAAUCAAAACAAUAGGUCAUUGUCAUCUGGUGCUACUUUUUUUUUCGUUUUGUUUUAAUACGUGUGAUUGGAAAGUAAUCCAAGGGAAUAAAAAAAUACCUUAAAAGUGCUCAAUCGCUAUUGUGUUUGAUCAUUUCAAUAUGUCAGAUUUGAAUAAUGUGACUGGAUCAAAUAUUCUUAAAUUUUCACCAGAAGAAGCAGAAAAUAUCAUUAAAAAAUGUAUUCAAAAUAUCAUUGGAACUAGUUCAUACACAAAUGAAUCAGCUAAAGAAUGGGCUAGAACUAUUGUGGAUAAUUGUAGAAGUGAUUUAGUGAAAUUGGGCAAACCAUUUAAAUAUGUUGUCAAUUGUACUAUAACUCAAAAACCUGGAUCUGGUGUAUAUAGUGCUGCAUCUUGUUAUUGGGAUACUGCGAAAGAUGGUAACUGUAAAGUGAAAUGGGAGAACAAUCAUGUUUAUUGUAUUGUUGUAGCAUUCGCAAUUUCACUAUGAUCAAGUUUAUACAGUGAGAUGACAAUACUGAUAAAAUAUUAUUCGACGUGUUGGCUUACGGUUAGAAAAAAUGUUAACUUGUUUUAAAGUCAUAUAUAUAUAUAUAACAAAAAUCUACCCCAUCACUUGAACGAGAAAAAUUCAUGUUAUAUUUGGUAACUUUUGAAAUAAAUUAUUUUUUUUACUA